ACACAGCUGCACCAACAUUGCUGAAGUGGCUGGAGGAUCUACAGUACCGACUUCCUGUCCCUCUACACCUCUGUCUACCACCACGACAGAAUGGCAGCUAAUAAAGAGGACUCGGACACGGACGAUAUUCUUGCAAACGAAGAAGAGCUGGAGCAGGCUCUGUGCGUGCUGGCUGGAAGCGACCCGAACAACUGCUCUUAUUCCCGGGGUUAUGUGAAGAGACAGGCUGUGUUCGCCUGCAGCACCUGCACCCCCAGUACUGCAGAGCCUGCUGGGAUUUGUCUGGCCUGUGCCAAUAAGUGCCAUGAAGGACAUGAGAUCUUUGAACUGUAUACCAAAAGAAACUUUCGCUGCGACUGUGGAAAUGGCAGAUUUGGAGACUUCCAGUGCCAGCUGAUUCCUGCCAAAGACAAUGAAAACAACAAAAAUCUCUACAAUCACAACUUCCAUGGCUGCUACUGCACGUGUGACCGGCCGUACCCAGACGCAGAUGAUCAGGUCAAUGAUGAGAUGAUUCAGUGUGUCAUCUGUGAGGAUUGGUUUCAUACCAGGCACCUGGGCUGCUCUAUGGUGGAACCUGAGGAGCUGCAAGAGAUGGUAUGCGAGGGCUGCAUGAGCAAGGCUCCUUUCCUGUGGACGUAUGCUGCUCACUUUGCAGUACCACCUGUAAUCAGUGUCAGUGAGGAGGAGGUAGAGGUUGAUGUUGUGGAAGGAGAUGAAAAGGAAGAAGACUCCGAGCCCGGUCAGAUCAGUGAUGAAGAACCUUCCACCAGUCUUGAACACACGAAGCAGGAGGAAGCGGUAAACAGGAGUAUCCCUUGCAAACGGAGCCACGAGGAAAUGACAGGCAGCCCUGGAAAAGCCACGACCAAAUCUGAAGAGUGCAGGCUGAAGGAGCUGCAGGCCCAGGGGCUGGAGAGGCCGAGACAGGGAGCGGUGUUCUGGCCUUACAGUUGGCGCUCCAAACUCUGCACCUGCACAAGCUGCAAGAGGGCUUACGUGGCUGUCCAGGUGCAGUUUCUUAUGGAUCAGUCCGACACCAUCCUGGCCUACGAGAACAAAGGCUUGGAUGAACCGUUUGGGCAGCACCCGCUGAUGGCACUGACAAGCUCGCUGAGCCAUGUACAGCAGCUGGAGGUCAUUUACGGUUACAACGAGCUGACAACUGUGAUCACUGCAUUUUUAGAACAGUGUGCUGCUGAAGGAAAGACAGUCACAGCCGAAGCCGUUCAUCAGUACUUUGAGGAGCUGCGGGCUCGAAAAAGACGUCGAACCAACGCAGGAUACCAAUAAUAAGGAGGCUGUGCUGUUACCAUCAUAUGGUGCUCUGACUGAAUGUGAGACUUGGAAGAUGAGCCUUUUUCCCCUGUUGAAUAAAAGGGCUUUUUGCUGCAACCAAUGAAGCUUGAAUAAUUAGUGCAUAGUACUGACUUCCAGUUAUUGUUGUGAAGGAUUGAGAAGUUGUGUUUUCAGUUCCAUGUCCAGUUUUUUCUAUUGAUUUAUAAUGAUGCCUUAACUUUGAAGCUCAUCAUGAAAAGUUUCCUUGAAACAUUGAUGUUUUAUGCACAUUAAUAAGUUUUUAUGAACAAAAGAAAUUUUGAUUCAACACUGUACACUUGAAAAAGAUUGUCUGCUUAUAAUAAUGUGAGAAUUCUCAUGUGAACACGAUGCUGCAUUGUGCAUUCCUGUGAACUUGUCAAGUACGUCUGUGUGUUUACAUGGUGAAGAGGUUUCCUGUUGGUGGCCAGUUAAAACAAACUUGUUUUAAAAUAGUGACAUCAUUGUUUUAUGUGGAUGGAUGUUCCCAAUAAAGUUAUCGUUUAUAGUCCACAAAACAA